AUGGCUGAAUCAAAUUCCCACCAACCGCCCGCCGCGUCGCCGUCCCCUCCCCCGCCAGCUCCAAUCUCCCAAUCCCCGGGCCCGCGCGCCUCACGUCUAAACCAAGUUUUCGAGCAGGCUCUGGCACGCACGCUCCGUGCAAACUCGUAUGCGAACUUUGCAGGCUGUUUCCCGACACCUGCGCGCCACGUUCCUGCCAGCUUGGAGGGUGUCUGGCGGCAGCUGAACGCGAAGCUGGAAGCGAAUGCUAAGGCUGAGUUUGAUGAUAUUGUCGCGGAAAGGGAUGCGGUGCCGCAUUUGAAUGAGCUUGAUCGGCUUGUUGGGGAUGCGAGGGCUAGGAAGGAGAAGGAGCAGGAGGGGGAGAAUGCAGAGGGACAAGAAAGAACAGUCGCGCAUACACUCGGCGCCGAAGAUCUGUACAAGGCGCAUCUUACGCCCUAUCUGCAGGAGGCGCAGUCGACCCUCAACGCCAGACUCGAGGCUACUCAUGCGGAAAACGCGGAGCUUGCGCAGACUGUGCAGGCGCAGAGGCUGGAAAUUGAGCGGCUAUUGUCGCAUCUUGGAUUGGUUGUAUCGGAUAUUGAGGGUGCUGCUACAGCGGCCACGCAAUUCAGCAGACAACAUCACAUUCGCCAAGACGCGAUCCAAAUGGAUGAGGAGACGAAAGCCCGUCCGGGUCUGUGA